AUGGCCUCCCCAAUUCGCACCACCGUCCUGAUUUCAGGAAACGGCUCCAACCUCCAAGCCGUGAUCGAUCAAAUUUCUGCUGGAAAACUGAACGCGACAAUCGUGCGCGUGCUUUCCAACCGCAAAGACGCAUAUGGCCUCGAGCGCGCGAAGAAAGCCAACAUCCCCACACAAUACCACAAUCUAGUCAAGUACAAGAAGCAGCACCCAGCAACUCCUGAAGGUGUUAAGGCUGCACGUGAGGAGUACGACGCUGAGCUGGCACGCCUUAUCCUGGCCGACUCUCCUGAUCUGGUCGUGUGUCUCGGAUUUAUGCAUAUCCUAUCACCGCAGUUCUUGGAGCCAUUGGAGGCUGCUAAAGUGCGCAUAAUCAACCUGCACCCGGCUCUGCCUGGUGCGUUCAAUGGCGUAAGUGCAAUUGAGCGGGCCCAUGCUGCUUGGUUGGAGGGAAAGAUUGACAAGACUGGCGUCAUGAUCCACGACGUUAUCUCAGAAGUGGAUAUGGGAAAUCCGAUUCUGGUGAAAGAGAUUCCAUUCCGGAAGGGCCAGGAUGAGGACUUGCAUGCUUUCGAGAAGCGGGUACAUGAGACAGAAUGGGGCACUGUUAUUGAAGGUGUGGAUACAGUUUUGAAGGAACUUGCUGCUCAGAAGCAGGCAUCGAGUGCAUGA